GUUCCGAGUGCCUUCUAUGGUUUGUGGGCGGAGCUAAGAUGAUUUGAACCCGCAUUGAAAACAAAUCGUGAUUUUUACCUGGGAAGGCAAGACGUGUGAUCAUAAGGGUUAUUUAUUUUAAAACACCACAUGAACAAAACAAGAUGUUAUUGUAAUAGAGACAGCGAGAUUUUUAUAACAAUUUAACGGGACGGAUUUUGAAACGAGUAAAUUGGAUUUUUAUUAUGAUAUAAUCCCGCCUUCUAAAAGCGAAACUAUCAAAUCGCAUUGAUCCCAGGGACGAGUUCGGAGGAUUAUUUUAUUUGCACGUGUAAGAUCGGUGAGGGAGCGCUAUGGGAGAGGUGCACGGUGGCUGAGAAGUGUACAGGAUUUUUAGGAAGGAUUUUAAAUGUAUCAAGAUUGAUUUAUGUGCUUUGUGUAUGUUGUGUGGUGAUUUUUUGGGGGUGAAAAAUGGCUAAUGUUGGAGAUACUUUGAUGACUGAUGAUGAACGAGCCAUUUUGGACCCAGGGGUUAUUCCCAAAACUUACAACACGAGUCCACCCCUUGCACACCAAGUUUCAGCCGGUAGACCAUGUUCCAACUGUCGAGAACUCUGCCCUGGUUUUGAACUUCACUUCUGGAGGAAAAUCUGUAAGCACUGUAAAUGCCCUCCAGAAUCCCAUGACAUGACUAGUCAUGGCGACCAUGACCGGAGCCUGACACGACUUAAUCAUGACCCCAAGCGGAAUUCAACAUCCGAUGAUGACAGCGGCUGCCCACUGGAGGAGUACGCUUGGGUCCCGCCUGGACUUAAACCAGAGCAGGUCCACCAAUACUUCUCCUGCCUUCCUGAGGACAAGGUUCCCUUCCUGAAUAGUGUUGGUGAAAAAUACAGAGUCCGCCAGCUUCUGCAGCAGUUACCUCCCCAUGACAAUGAGGUCCGUUACUGUAACACCCUCUCCGAGGACGAGAAGCGGGAACUACGGAUGUUCAGUGUCCAGAGGAAACGUGAAGCCCUGGGGAGGGGCAGCGUCAGACCACUCCCCCUUACCAUGCAGGGGGUCAUCUGCUGCAAGUGUCAACAGAUGAUAUCGGGCGGUUCCAUGGCGGUGUUUGCCUCCAGGGCUGGACACGACAAAAUCUGGCACCCGGCGUGUUUCACCUGCACCACCUGCGACGAACUCCUGGUCGACCUCAUAUACUUCUUCAAAGACGAGUUCUUGUACUGUGGGAGGCACCAUGCUGAACUUAUAAAGCCUCGCUGUGGGGCCUGUGAUGAGAUAAUUUUUGCUGAUGAGUGCACUGAGGCUGAGGGGAGGAGCUGGCACAUGAAACAUUUCUGUUGUUUUGAGUGUGAUCGACAGCUUGGAGGCCAGCGGUACAUAAUGAAGGAAGGUCGACCGUACUGCUGUGUGUGUUUCGAGAGAAUGUACGCAGAGUAUUGCGACACUUGUGGUGAACACAUCGGUGUGGAUCAAGGGCAAAUGACCCACGAAGGUCAACACUGGCAUGCGACUGAACGCUGCUUUAAGUGUCACACGUGUCAAAAAUCGUUACUAGGACAACCAUUUCUACCCAAGCACGGAGUGAUUUACUGUUCUGCAGCCUGUAGUCGGGCUGCUUCCAUGCAGACGCAAACUCCCAGGCGACCUGAGGAUUAUGUGCAUGAUAUAAAUAGCAUGCGAUUGGGAUCCCCAGUCAGCCAUGCAUUACAGGAGCAAGGAACCAUGGGAAUGCAGGAAGCUUUACGACAGCAAUAUUCUCUGUCCGACAGUCUGCCGUCGUCGGACCGUGACCAAGGAUAUGCCACCAGUAGCAACAGUGAAGUGUACGCACCCGGAAUGUACGACACUGUUAGGUCCCAGAAGUCUCAAGGUCAGAGCAGUGGAAAUUACGAACUGAAUGUAGAUGGUCUUAUUGAUGCUCUGCCUGUUCCACACGAAGCCAAACUCAAAAAGAGGCUGUCACAAUUCUCCAUGCCGGAUCUCUCGACGGAUCCUCCGUCUAGUCCCACGGAAGAAAGUGUCAAAAUGAACUCUCAAAGCAAGAGUCGGUCUGGAUCGGAAAAAAAUCUGAACACUCGUUAUCAUGAAUAUGAGGAGUUACCAUGUAUGUAUGAUGUGCCAAACAGAGGUAUGAAACAAACAAACAGCUCGCAGCAAUCCAACGAGUAUCGUUCUAUCAGACCUAUAGAUCGCAUGAUAGGAAGUGGAAAUCCGGAGUCUGCCAGAUCUUUCCCAGAACUACGAUACAAUUCUAUAAAUACUUCUCCGCAAAAUGUGCCACCGCCACAACAAAAUGGACAGUUAAAUGCUUUACCCCAAAAUGUGAACAGUGGUUUACCUCCAUUACCAGACAGUGCGAGGAUGAACCCCGUAACUAGACCUCCGACGGGAAGAGUGCCUCUUCAAGUAUCCGACUAUCCCAGGAGCCAAAGUUUCGAAGGUCGACCUUCAGAAAGGGCACACAAUCGACGUCACGGAAGACGGAGAAGUGACCGGAUAUCCAGGCGUGACCCAGGUCAAGGUCAUUGGUCCGAUUCGAACAAUUAUCGUGAUGACGAUUAUUGUAGCACUUGUUCUAGCUCUAGUGAUUCCGAUGAUAGUUAUUACUAUGACGAUAGAAAUCAGGGCCUUGGAGCAAGGAUAUCGUACGUGGAUGAUAUGAGUCUCUCGCUCGGAGCUAAUAGUGCAAUGCGUCAGCGAAUGACAGGGCGACAUAGAGUGAAACAGAAGCAGUGCGUUAUAUCCUGAUUAUAAUGGUGUGUGUCACUGACCAAUCAAUGCCAUUCAUUUGUUGUGUCGCAAAUGCCUGACAAAACUUAUAAUCGCCUCAGUGUGAAUUAAUGGAAAACUAGAGACAAUCAUUGUUAACUUUCAUUAAAUCGUUUAAAAUCAGUGUUCAAGUAAUACAUGUGCACUCUAUAUAUAUAUAUAUGCUGGGUACCAGUUGUUUUAUCAUUGUUGAGAACCAGUCUAGUGCUGUGCUGUUAUAUUCCAUGUUGUGUUACAUACCUAACUUCAGUGUUGAUCAUACUGUGUAGUUUGUACGUGCGAGCAUCAAGCCAGCAAAGAAUGGUUCAUACUCAAUAUUUAUUUCAAUCUACAAGAGGUCAAAGGUUGUGAUUGGUCAUGUGGUUUAAUGACCUGUGGUUAUUUAUUUAUUCUCCUUGUGACUUACUCAGUUUCGCAGGACUAAUAUUUAAAAGUGAUUUUUAGUUUACGGGUGUAAAUGGCUGGCACCUUAAAUACACUGAUAAUUAUACCACAAUAUUUUUGAGAUUUUAUUUGACGAGAUCUGUUUGGAAAAUAAAGACUUGCAUUGCAAAAGGUCGAGAUCUGCCACAUAUUUAGCAUUUAAAUUGUACGAAGAUGUUCUCAGAGUGAAACAGACCACUUUUUAUGAUUUUUCCAUUUUAUAUUACUCUAACAGCAUUUAUGAUUUUAUUUUAAUUUCCGAGAAGCAACACACCAUUUUGUCUUAUUGAUAUGUGAUAUUCAGUUGAAAUAUGGCAGCCAUUUUAAAUCUGUGUUCUGUUUUAAUUUGACCUGGUGACACAUUUUAAAAGUUAUUUCAAACUGGAAAUAUGUUAAGUGAAAGUUGAAAAAAAAAACCUGUAUGCCUGAAAAAUCAUAUUUUGGUAAAACAUCAGAAUUUUCGGUUUUUUGUUGAUCGUAUGACAAACUGUGCUAGCAGCAACAAGAGACUGUUUUGAUUGUACACUCUUUAAUAUAGAGUUGAUUGUUGGAACAGUUUAUGUAAUAAACAGGUUUACUUGUAUUCUUACCAAUCUGUGUCACCACGUGUCAACUCAUGCAAUGCUUUGUGCCUUUUAUAUGUUUGUUCAAGUUUAUUUACUAUCGUUUUGUACAUACAUCAGGACAGAGAUCGCAAAUAAACACCUAGUAAACAU